AUGAGCUGGGCGUCUUCGGAUGCCGAGCUUAUCCCCGAAAUUGUGGAGCUCACCGGAUUCCGGCCUGAUGGGGGCGGAAAGGGGCUGUCUGACGUCAACACGGGUCACGAUGCUCGGAAGGUUGAUGAUGGUUUGCGCGACAACACCGUCGCCAGGCUGUGCAAUGGCGCCUCAACAGGAGAAGAGACCGACCUGUCGAGCAAUCCUUACCAGAAAAAGAAAUCUCUUCAUUUCAUGGCGCAGAUCCCUCAAAGAACAACGGUGCUUGUGGUGGGCGGCGGGCCUGCGGGUUCAUACUGCGCUUCGGCACUGGCCCGCGAGGGCAUCGACACGGUCCUGCUUGAGGCCGACAAGUUCCCGCGGUACAACAUUGGCGAGAGCAUGCUGCCGUCUAUCAGGCAUUUUCUCCGCUUUAUCGACUGCGACGACAAGUUUGAUGCCCACGGCUUCAGGAUCAAGAAAGGGGCUGCCUUCAAGCUCAACCAGAGCCUGCCGUACGCAUACACGGACUUCGUGGGUGCCGGCGGUCCCCAGGGCUACGCCUACAAUGUGAUCCGCUCCGAGGCCGACGGGAUCAUCUUCCGGCACGCUGGCGUAAGCGGCGCCCACAUCUUUGACGGUGUCAAGGUCGACGUUCUCGAGUUUGUACCUUCGGGCCUUCCCCCGAGCACCGACCCAGAUUGCGAGAUCCCUGACCCCGGGCGUCCUGUCUCGGCCGCGUGGACGAGGAAGGAGACGGGCGAGACGGGUGUCAUUCACUUCGACUACCUCGUCGACUGCAGUGGGCGCGCCGGUCUGAUGAGCACAAAGUAUCUCAAGAACCGCAAGUACAACACGGGCGAGCAGCUCAAGAACGUUGCCACCUGGGGCUACUGGACGGGCCACGGCGAGCAUGCCAAGGGCACGCCUCGCGAGGGAGCCCCGUACUUUGCGGCGCUGCAGGAUGCCAGCGGCUGGGUGUGGUUCAUCCCGCUACACACGGGCCAGGUCUCGGUCGGUGUGGUGCGGAACCAGGACGCGUCGACCCGGACGAAGCGGGAAAGGGGGCUGGACAGCAAGGGGUUGUACCUCGAGACGGUCAGGGAGACGCCUGGCGUGCAGGCGCUGCUCACCGAGGCGCAGCUGGUGACGGACAUCAAGUCGGCCUCGGACUGGUCGUACAGCGCACCCGCCUACGCAACCCCGUACACGCGCAUCUGCGGCGAUGCCGGGUGUUUCAUCGACCCCUUCUUCUCCUCGGGCGUGCACCUCGCACUGGCUGCCGCCCUCUUGGCAGCAACGACCAUCUGCGCGUCCAUCAAGGGCCAGACGUCGGAGCUCGGGGCUGCGGCGUGGCACUCCAAGAAGGUGGCCGAGGGCUACAUCCGGUUCCUCGUGGUGGUGUCGAGCGCGCUGAAGCAGAUCAACGCCAAGGACCAGCCCGUGAUUGCCGACUUUGACGAGAAGUCGUUUGACCGGGCGUUUAAGCACUUCCGCCCCAUCAUCCAGGGCACCGUCGACGUGACGGGCAAGCUGUCGCAGAGCGAGGUGUCCGAGACGCUCAACUUUUGCCUGCGGGCCUUCAUCCCCGUCAACCCGACCGAGAAGAAGGCGCUGCUGGACAAGAUGCGCAGCCUGGCCAUCAGCGAUCCCGAGGAGAUGAGCGACGAGAAGUAUGCACGCAUCGCCGGCGAGCUCGAGGCCGUCCUGACGCCCGAGCAGCUCAACAUCCUCAAGACGCUGCGCGCCCGCCGCAUGCUGCGCUCAGAUGACACGCUCAACAUCGAUAGCAUCGGCUCCGACGUCAUCGACGGUCUGUCGCCCAACCUGCUGCGCGGCCAGCUCGGCCUUGUGAAGCCGUCCAAGGCCUACAAGCCCAAGCCGGCUGCCUAUAAUGACUUGUCGCGCGAUGCAAUGGCGCUGCUGAUUGGCGAGGAUGUCUCCGAGAGCGCCGUCCCGACUGUCGCUGCUGGAAGCGAUUCCAAGACUAACGGUACCAAUGGGCAUGAGGUCAACGGUGCCUCUCACGCCAACGGAAUGAAUGGACAUGGAGUCAACGGAGACGAGCAUACCAACGGCGUCAACGGAGCUUCUCAUGCCAACGAAACCAAUGGAGUUAACGGCGCCUCCCAUGCCAACGACACCUCCAACGGCGGUGAAUUGUCGUCGCACCUGCACGUCACCCCGCUGAAGGGCCUCAACCAGCAGGGCCAGGACGAGGCCACCCGACUCCGCACGCAGGACACGCUGCACCAGAUUGCCGAGGAGAUGGAGACGCCCCAUGACACCAUGCUCCGGCUGUUCAACGCUAACCUCGAAAUCUCGGUCGUCAAAUCCGCCCUCGACCUCGGCCUCUUCAAGCGUCUCGCCUCAAGCCCGACUUCCCUCAGCGUAAACGACCUGGCAUCCCCCUCCGGCGCCGACCCGCAACUCCUCGGCCGUCUCCUUCGCUAUCUGGCAUCAAUCCGCAUGAUCCGCGAGACAGGGCGGGACCGUUUCACAGCCAACCACGCGACCGUGGCCUUCACCGACCCGCGCGUCGAGGGGGCUCUCAACUACACCUUCCACAUCAACGGCCCAGUUUACCAGUCCCUGCCGGCCCACCUCGCCCAGACAGGCUACGGCCGGCAAAAAGUCGCCAGCAGCGGGAGCAAGCUCGCCUUCAACAAAGCCUUUGACACGUCCCUCCCAGCCUUCGCCUGGUUCCAGCAGAACCCGCAGACGCUGAAGUGGUUCCAGCAGCUCAUGAGCGUGCCGCGUGAGGGCGACUGGCUGGAUGUCCUGCCCAUGCCUGACGUUUCCAACGAUGAUAAGAUUGCCUUUGUCGACGUAGGCGGCGGCUUCGGCCAGCAAUGCGCGCGGCUGACGGCGCGGUACCCGGGACUCAAGGGCCACGUAGUCCUGCAGGACCGCCCGGAGGUGAUAUCCUCGGUCAAGGCGUCAGCCCCGAUCGACGGUAUCAUGGCGGUCGCACACGACUUUUUCGAGCCGCAGCCCGCCGAAAUGCGGGGCGCGCAGUUUUAUUAUCUGCGCACGGUGCUGCACGACUGGGAUGAUGCCGAUGCGGAAAAGGUUCUGCGCAACCUCAAAGAGGCAGCGGGCGGCAAUGGUAAAGUGCUCAUUGAUGAAAUGGUGCUCCCCAACCAGGGCGUGCACUGGUGGUCGGCUUCGCUCGACCUGCACAUGUACGCCAUGCUGGGCGCGUUAGAGCGGACUGAGGAGCAGUGGCGUGCUCUGCUGGAUCGCGCGGGAUUGAGGAUUGUGGAGAUCAAGACGUACAGUCCCGUUAUGAGGCACUCGAUUAUUGUGGCUGAGCCGAAGGAAGUGAUGUAG